CUGCCAUGGAGCCUUAGUUGUGGACAGCAGCCUGAAAGUCAUCCCUGGAUGUUGUGUGCUGGCACAUUGGGAAAGCUUUCUUCGGCCCCCCCAACACCCACCAUGGAGAGACUGUAGUUGAAACAACUCGCUGAGCACCAUGAGUUGGAGCUUCCUCACACGUCUUCUGGAAGAGAUCCACAACCACUCCACCUUUGUGGGGAAAGUGUGGCUGACUGUUCUCAUCAUCUUCCGCAUUGUGCUGACCGCCGUUGGGGGCGAGUCCAUCUACUCAGACGAGCAGACCAAAUUCACCUGCAACACCAAGCAGCCUGGCUGCGACAACGUGUGCUAUGACUCAUUUGCGCCUCUCUCGCACGUGCGGUUCUGGGUCUUUCAGAUCAUCAUGAUCUCUACACCCUCUGUCAUGUACCUGGGCUACGCCAUCCACAAAAUCGCUCGCUCGUCGGAGGACGAGCGCCGAAAGUUCCGCAGGUACCAAAGGAAGAGCCACAACAACAGUCGCUGGCGAGACAGCCACCCUCUAGAACAGGUGCUUGAAGAGGAAGAGGACGACGACGCAGAGCCGAUGAUCUACGAAGACGCUUUGGAAGUGCCGGAGGCAAAGCCGGACGUGACCAACGUUCCCAACAGGGAUCCGCCGAAGCACGACGGGCGGCGGAGGAUCAUGCAGGAGGGCCUGAUGAAGAUCUACGUGAUCCAGCUCUUGUCCCGUGCCAUCUUCGAGAUCGGCUUCCUGGUGGGCCAGUACCUCCUGUACGGCUUCCGAGUCAACCCGUCCUACGUGUGCAAUAAGAUCCCGUGUCCCCACAGGGUGGACUGCUUCAUCUCGCGGCCCACGGAGAAGACCAUCUUCCUGCUCAUCAUGUACGUGGUGAGUUGCCUGUGCCUGGUGCUCAACGUGUGCGAGAUGUUCCACCUGGGCAUCGGUGCCUUCAGAGACUCUCUCCGCAGACGGAGGAACAAAGGCCGGCAGCCUGCCUUCAGUUACUCUUACUCGAGGAACAUCCCAGCGUCGCCUCCGGGAUACAACCUGGUCAUUAAGUCCGACAAACCUGGCAAGAUGCCCAACAGUCUCAUAUCGCACGAGCAGAACAUGGCGAACGUGGCCCAAGAGCAGCACUGCAUAAGCCCUGACGAGAACAUCCCCACUGACUUGGCUAGUCUACAUCGCCACCUACGGGUGGCCCAGGAGCAGUUGGAUAUGGCCUUUCAGACUUACAACACCAAAAACAACCCACAGACUUCCAGAACCAGCAGUCCAGUCUCAGGGGGCACCAUGGCCGAACAGAACCGGGUCAACACGGCCCAGGAAAAGCAGGGGGCGAGGCCCAAAGCUGCCACUGAGAAAGCUGGAACAAUAGUCAAAAAUGGCAAGACAUCUGUAUGGAUCUAAAGUCACUGCAACAGUGUAGAUGUGUCCACUGACUGGCCAUCAGUGGUCAUCAAUACAGUGUGGGAAGAAUUACUGACUAAAAAAAAUGAACUAACACCACAUGAUCCAGCACAAUGUGCCUGAUCUUAAAUACCAGUGUUACUGUAAGAGUCAAACGUUCUCAUGAACACUGUGGGAGCAAAACUUGUUGAAAGUUAAUGUAAGUCUUUACCAUAUUCCAUACAUUCAUUGAGAUGUAUUUUUCCCUUGUGCUAGCCUCGGCAUUCUGUACUUUUCAUGUAUCUUACUGGUCUAAUUUUAGCAUGUCUGAAUCAUAUUAGAUAUGAGUCUCCUUAGAUAUACUGUAUUCAACAGUCUGCUAUCAGUUUACAGUACUUCCUCAUGAUAAUGUCUUACAUCAGUUGUGUGAUUAGGAUAUAUUACACGUAGUGAUAUCUCUCAGAAAGGUUAGAUAUCAUAAGGUGUGCUCUUCAGCAUGAAUAUGAAUAGUCCCGUCACAUGGACUUGGUAAAUGAUGUUUGCAGCUUUUCGUUAACACUUACUUUCCAGAUGGAUGACUGACAUAUACAUCAGAAUAUUUAUUUUUAAAAGGUGUUUACAACAGAGUGAUCAUUAUUGUUUGAUUUUUUUCUUUUUCUUUUUUUUUGUCACAGUCCGCUGGAUUAUUUUAACUUCAUCCAUUUAUAUACAGGGUUACAUGUUUAUUUUGCAAUAAUAAUAUUCUUAGUUUUGUUUUAAAUAUGUGCAAUCACAAUUAUGGAUAAGGUAUUUUGAUGGGUUUGGGUUUUUAAAAGUGUUAUAUUUCAAUAUGGGCAUUAUAAACUUUUUUACAUUGCAUAUAGUAAUGCAAAUUUAGAUUUACCUUAAACACAAUAAUUGAGCUACAUGGAACUGCUGACCGUAAAACAACUUUUUGUCCCUUCAUCAUUCAUGUUUACAAAUACAAAAUAUUUAUCUUGCAUUUGGUAUUUGAAAACAUUCUAUUUAGGAAUAUUCAUUGCAAUGUAUCCAGAACUACUGACCAGUGACAGGUUCACUCGAGUGGAAGAGUGUGUUCAACAGCAUAUUGCACAUGCAGUUCUGUGUCCUGGUGACUUGUUAGCUACGGUGUAGAAGGAGCAAAAUUCCCUUUCAAUCCAGAAGCUUUUUCUGGGUGUCUCUUUGCACCAGUGUGUGUGUGCAUGUGUGUGUGUGUGUGUGUGUGUGUGUGUGUGACGAAUCAUAUCACUGACUCAUGAUAAUACACUGGUAUGCCUGAUCUGACUGAUACAGUAUAUUGCCCAUUAAAAUACGACCUUUUUAAUACAGAUUUUUUAUUUGUAGGCCUGUCAGACUGUAGGCCUGUAUUGCACAGACAAACAACACGCAAAUGUAAGCAAGUAUUUGGUAGGCUAUGUAGUCAGCAUUACAAUGAUUUUAAAAACAUGUCAACAUUCAAUUGACAUAUGCUACUUGGUGAACUACGAGAUGCAUGAAAAAUAUGUGCAUUUCCUAUUUUAACCAACAAUUCAUUCAAGCAAACAUGCCUGCAUUUGCUUCUCUUACUCUUCUCAAAUUCAUCGCAACAAGUCUAUUAAAAGAGACAGGGGAUAAUGUGGAUUCAGUUACAUGCAUUGUUAAAUAUUUGCAAGGAUGGCCCACUGCAUAUCAGCUGAGCAAACCUAUACUGUAAACAUUGCGGGUCCUGAGCACAUCACGUGUUGUGUUUCACACUGGUGCAAGAGACAUUGGUUGCAUGUUGUACACUGAAGUGGCUUGGUCUGGGGGAUGAGGCUGUUCCGUUCUGGGGCUCUGGAUUAUGUUUCAGCAAAAACAUGGAACAAAAGUCCAGUCAGAAUGCUCUUCCACUGACGGACUUAGAUUUGAAUGUGUGAUCGCAUCGCUUUAAAAUUCUCUCUUAGUGUGGGCCCUGAGGAAUCAUUAACUAGUUUGUGACAGGCUGAACACUUUACCAAGGUUACAAUGAAUUGGAGAAAAAGCUCAUUUGAUACUGCUACUGAUUUACUACUAGUACUACUGUUGUUGUUGUUAUUAUUAUUAUUAUUAUUAUUAUUAUUAUUAUUAUUAUCAUCAUUGUUAUUAUUAUUAUUAUUAUUGUUAAACAAGACAUGGACUGCCCCAGUGUAGGCAUGGGAAAGCACCUUUUAGACACUAUUUUAAAUGUCUGUGCCUUAAAAAUAAAGACUGUUUGUGUGGUUAUUCAUGCAAAUGUGGAAAUAAAUAUUGGGAUUAACUUAAUAAUAUGUUGUUCUUUUAGCAUUAUUCGCAGGCAUCUUC